AUGUCGAAUGGACCAAAACUAAAUAAAAAGGGUAAUUUUGUAAAAUUAAGCGCAAAAUUCUACGCCAUGUAUCCAAAUAUUUUGGUGUCAUACGUGGCGAUAGCAGCGCUUGUUGCGUUCGAACAUGUGUGUAUUGCCUCUUCAAUCAGCAAUACAAGAGACAACCAAUCUCCUCUCUUUACCACAUCAAAGUUUGUUCGAACUCUUGAUACCGAUAGCUUCAGCGCUGUAUUGAACGAAACGCAAAUUGUGUGGCUGGUGGACUUUUACUUGCCCUGGUGUCCUCACUGUCGACAGUUUGCACCUGAAUGGGAAGAAGCAGCAAAAGUGUAUGAACGUGUCGAUAAUGUCGAAUUUGGUGCUGUGGAUUGCACGAAAGAGACUAAAAUAUGCAAUCGAGAAGGUAUUCUUUCGUAUCCUGGAGUCAAGAUGUACCACGUGCCUCCUGAGGCAGUGGAGGGUAUUAUGAUGCCUUACGAAGAGAAUGUGUAUGACCGAAAUGUGGUUGUGUGGAUUGAAUAUAUGUUGAAAGAGAAUAAUAUCCAGUCAGGGAUUGACAAGGUAUACAUGGAAACUGCUGAGCACGAUGAUUCGAUAAAGAAAGAGGUACACUUUGGUGAUCCAGUGGAACCUCUUUAUGAUGAGCGAUCGCUAGAUAUUCGGCUCAAGAGACUAAAGGAUGCAGGAACUACUGCGUUGCACACAUUUGAAGACGGGUUUUUCAUGGGUACGACAAUCUUGGAAGGAGAACGGUAUGAGGCUGCGGUGACGUGGGUGCAGGCACUUGCGACUGCUUUUCCUAUGAAAGAGAAUCGUGAUGCGUUUGAAAAGCUUGGGGAAGCGAUGAAACAGCAGGAGAGAUGGGAGCAGGCAGAUUGGAUCAAACUCAUGACGCGGUGGAAAGCUACUGCUAAUGCCAUGAGCUACCCUGUCAACUUGUUUGCAAACAAAGAUGAUUUGGUUUUGUGUACAACUCUCACGUGUGGAUUAUGGACAUUGUUUCACACAGUUACAGUGAGUGAUGUCAAAUCGGAAUCGAUGCGUAAUCGUUGGAAAAUGAGUGAAAUUAUGGCAGCUAUCCGACUCGUGGUGAUACACUUCUUUGGCUGCGAAAAGUGUAAACGUCAUUUUUUGAAAAUGAACCCUAAAAGUUUGCUAGAAAAAUUGUCGCUUGCUGACGACGAUAGUCCGUACGCUGUUGCAAUCUGGCUUUGGACGAUGCACAACAUUGUGAACAAGAAUCUCAGCAAACCAAUGUGGCCAACAAAGCUCUCGUGUCCUCAUUGCUACUACACGGACGGCGAUGAGCCAUUGUCAUUGAAUCUGAUGAAGCUGAAUCAAGACAAUAUUGUUGAUUAUAUUACGAGUAUAUAUAAGUUUGACGAUGAGUGGAAGACUACGGAGCAACAUAGUCGUGUGACGACGCCGACAAUGGUGCUGAUUGCUAUAGUCUCUACACUUGUUGCAAUUCUUGCCAUGUUGCUGUAUCAGUACAAGCAUCACAUUUCGCAUUACGGGUUCAAGUCAUUGAAAACACAGGACCAUAUUGCAUAG